AGACAAAAUCAUAUCUAUUGUCUUUUCCAUUGUCGAUUUCCCCCAACAAAAAAAACUUCUUAACUGUGUGUAAUUUAAAAGAUUAGCAUCCAACCCGCAUGAUUAAAAGAUCUUUUUUUUUUCGAUUUCAUCUGCUAUUCUGUAACUUCGAUUGAUUUGGCUGCACAAGUUUCUGUGUCCGAUUUUUUUGUAUUUCGAAUCAAAAAGGAAUCAGAGAAAUGCAGGAGCAGUUGGUAUGUCGUGGAUGUAGAACUACGUUGAUGUAUCCAAGAGGAGCUACAAAUGUGUGUUGUGCUUUGUGUAGAACCAUCAGUCCUCCUCAAGGAAUGGAUAUGGCUCGCAUUGUAUGCUGUGGUUGUGGGAUUAUGCUUAUGUAUACACGUUCUGCCACUAGCGUUAGAUGUUCUUGUUGUCACACUUUGAACCUUGUCCCAGCACCUUCGAAUCAGACGGCGCGUAUCAACUGUGGGCAUUGCCGAAUAAUACUCAUGUAUCCUUACGGAGCAUCAUCUGUUAAAUGUGCUGUUUGCCAAUACGUUACUAAUGUUAAUAUGAGCAAUGGAAGGGCUCCUCUCUCCAUGAACCGGCCUAACUUAACAGCUUCUCCAUCAACAAGAGUGCCCUCUACAUCAACUACCCAAACAGUUGUUGUGGAGAAUCCCAUGUCCUUGAAUGAAAGUGGAAAACUGGUGAGCAAUGUUGUGGUUGGAGUAACAACCCAUAAAAAGUAAUCAAGAGGAGAUUCAGUUUCUUUCUUUGUUUGAUUUUGUGCAUAUAACUAACAUUGGGAAAGAUCUGUUUAUGUCUCUGAACUUUAUGGUUCCUUUUCUUUUUAACCCCCAAGAAUUGGUUUCUUGAUCUCUGUUUUAAUGAGUUUGAGAACCGAUGGGUUUGGUUUGCUUUUAUUGAGUUUUUUAGCUGUGCUGUUCGUCUUUAAUCUUGUUAGUCCGGUUACUGCAUCUGUCUUGGCCGGUUGAACCGGUUCCGGUUUGGAUUA